CUCCGCAAAGAUCUCGACGCGCGCGACCUCCUCAUGCUCGGCGUGGGCGGCGUCAUCGGAGGCGGCGUCUUCGUCCUCACCGGCGCCGCCGCGCACGACCACGCGGGCCCGGCGGUGCUCAUCUCCUACCUCGUCGCGUCCGCCACCUCCGCGGUCACCGGGCUGUGCUACACCGAGUUCGCGUGCGAAGCCCCGGUCGCGGGAUCGUCCUACGUGUACGUCAGCAUGUGCUUCGGAGAGUUCGCCGGGUACCUGUGCGGGUGCAACCUGGGGUUGGAGCUGACCAUCUCCGCCGCCGCGGUGGCCAGGGGGUGGACCAGCUACGUCGCCACGCUGUUCCGAGCGCCGCCGGACGCCCUACGCGUUCGCGUGGGGGGCCCGAGCAACCCGGGCGGUGACGGGUCAGACGGUGACGCGUCGGGCGGCGUCGCGCUGGACCUUCCCGCGGCGUUCGUCGUCGCGUUCAUCACGUGCGUGCUCGUGUGCGGCAUGAAGGACAGCGCGCGGUUCAACACCGCGGUCACGGCGGUGUCCUUAGCCGUCAUCGCCUUCGUGCUCGUCGCGGGGGGCGCCAAGGUUGACGCCGACAAUUGGCGCCCAUUCGCUCCCAACGGCGUCGACGGCAUACUCGCCGGCGCGUCCGUGGUGUUCUUCUCGUUCGUGGGUUUUGACACCGUGGCGACGUGCGCGGAGGAGUGCGCGGAUCCCGGACGGGACCUACCGGUGGGGAUACUCGGUUCCCUCGGCGUGUGCGCGGCGUUGUACGCGGCGAUGUGCCUCGUCGUCACCGGCAUGACGCCGAGUCGAGACAUCGACGUCGAGGCGCCCUUCGCCGUCGCGUUUAAGGCGCGGGGAAUGGCCUGGGCCGAGUCGGUCAUAUCCCUCGGCGCCCUCGCCGCCAUCACCACCGCGCUGCUCUCGUCUCUCAUGGGCCAACCGAGGGUGUACAUGGUCAUGGCGAGGGAUGGGCUUUUGCCGAAAUGGUUCGCGGCGGUGCACCCAAAGUUCGGAACCCCCGCCAACGCGUCCGCCUUCACCGGGAUCACCACCGGCUUACUCGCGCUCGUCGUGGACAUCGAGACGUUGGCGGAGCUGGUGAGCAUAGGGACGCUGGCGGUGUUCGGGUCGGUGUGCGCGUCGCUGCUGAGACGAAACGAACCGACAAAGGGAUUUAAAACCCCGUUCGUGCCGUACGUGCCCGCGAUCGGGGUCGCCGCGUGCACGCAGCUGGUGUUCUCGCUGGGCCCGCCGGCGUGGGUGAGGUUCGGGGCGUACACGGUUUUAUGCGCUGGGUUUUACGCGGCUCGGGGUUUGGUCGGGGAUCGGCUC